AUGAUCAUUCACGGUGAACCGAUCCCAUCAUCAACUGCCGACGAAUUACGCAAUAGCGCUAUUUUGGUUAAAAUAGCCGAAGAUUUUUCGUCUAACACGUCAUCAUCAACAGAACAAAUUGAAGUUGAGCCGUACGCAUCAAUCGAAAGCAAAGAAGCACUUUUAACUAUUAACCGAAAACGUAAACACCAACAACGUUCUUCUUCACCUGUUAUAAUAUUAAAACAAUAUGUGAGGCUCGCAACUAAACGAGUUUGA